UGCCUUUUUCGCUGGGGAUUUCCCGGAAGAAAUCGUCGUAUUUUCCUUCAAUUUCGUAUGAAGGAUAUUCAGGCGAUCAAAAUGGAAGUUCAAGAAGGUCUUUUUCCUCGUCGUGUUCUUUAUAUGGAAAUAAAGGGCCAACAAGACAUCCCCUUAACUCGUACUGAAGAAAAUUUGACCCUGCGUGAAAUGGAACAGAAAGCUGCCGAAUUAGCCCGUUUUUUGCGCGUAUCCAUUGAAGGAUUUUGAAAUGAGGGGGGAAAGUCUUCUUAAUAUACAAAUUGAUAGAUCUCGUAUCAGUAGAUACCAAAAAAAGUUUUGACAUAACAUUUGUCUGGGGGGAAAGACCAUAUAGCCAGUAUAUUUCCACCAACACGAAAUGUUACUUAUGGAACCAUACCGAUAUUCUUUGGCAGUUCGCAAACACUCCAUAUCAUUCUUUAUCUAUUAGAAAACACGGGUAUAAUAUCUUAAAAGAAUACAAUGAAGUAGAUGACUAUUGUUUUUUACACCUUUUUUUACAUAUGCGCCCGAAAUAUUAUCAUCUCCUCUAUGUACCAAAGAGUCCAGAAUUGAACUUCAAUUUUCAUUUAUUUGCCACUCAAAUUGAAGCGACUCUUCGGGUCAAGAGUUAAAUAAGAAAACAAUAAAUAGAAAAUGAGUUCGGAUCCAAGCAAUUUUCAAGGAUUGAUCCUUCCUUUUUUUACUCUACUUCUCAGUCGGAACAAACCAUCUUUCAUCCGAAAGAUAUUUUCUUUCAAGGUCGAAGAAUUACACAAAAGAUCAUUCUAUGGAUCUCAUACCUCGUUCUAUAAUUCGUACUUUGUUCAGAUUUUGGACAGAGCUAACGAGUCAAUCGAGCUCGUUAGCGAUUCACGAAUUGGAAGUCGCCAAAUAUAAAACAUUCGCUUCUCUACAAUAUCUUACAUGUUUAAUAGUAUUGCCUUGGGCAAUUUCAAUUUCAUUACAGAACAGUUUAGAAUCUUGGGUUACAAAUUGGUGGAAUACUGGUCAAUCAAAAAUUUUUUUUGAUUAUUUACAAGAAGAAAACGCUAUAAGAAAAUUUGAAAAAAUAGAAGAACUAUUCCUGUUAGAAAUAAUGGUGAAAGAUUAUUCAGAAACGCCUUCACAAGAUAUUCGUGUAGAGAUGCAGAAAAAGAUGAUCCAAUUGGUCAAAAUAUAUAAUCAAGAUUGUAUCCACAUCAUCUCACAUUUAUUAGCAAAUCUAAUAGGUUUGGUUCUUCUAAGUGUUUGUCUCAUUCUGGGUAAGAAGAAACUUGGCAUUCUAAAUUCUUGGAUCCAAGAAGUCUUCUACAGCCUAAGCGACACAAUGAAAGCUUUUUCUAUUCUUUUAGUAACCGAUCUAUGUAUUGGGUUUCAUUCGCCCCAUGGUUGGGAACUGAUGAUCAAUUGGAUCUUCGAAAAUUAUGGAUUUGCUCAUAACGAACGAAUAAUAUCUGGUCUUGUUUCAACUUUUCCAGUCAUCUUAGACACAAUUUUCAAAUAUUGGAUCUUCCGCCGUUUAAAUCGUAUAUCUCCUUCACUUGUAGUAAUUUAUCACUCGAUGAAUGAAUAACCAAUGGUUUCUCCCCCAUU